AAGUUUGCAUCGCUAGACAGAAAGCAAAGCGAGCUUUCUGGAUACCUGUUCACAAGAAAGGACGCAACGUCAGAUCCUUGUUUUUGUUGAAUCUGGACUUUCGUUAUGCAUCUAUCCAUACUACUUCUCUUCAGCCUGUUUGGAGCAACACAUGGUCAGUUCCCCCGGCAGUGUGCUACAGUUGAUGCACUGACACGGGGCGAAUGUUGUCCAGACCUGUCUCCAGUGGUGAUUCCUGGUUCGGACCGCUGCGGAUGGACUUCUGGAAGGGGUCAGUGUAUACAAGUGAUGGCAGAUUCUCGACCCCAUGGACCUCAGUACAUGCAUGAUGGUCGGGACGACCGUGAGCAAUGGCCUCUACGCUUCUUCAACCGAACCUGCCAAUGCAACCGAAACUUCUAUGGAUACAACUGUGGGUCCUGUCGACCUGGCUGGAGUGGACCUGCAUGUGAUCAGCAGACUCCAAUAGUCAGAAGAAACCUUCUGGAUCUGAGUAAUGAAGAAAGGGUUCGUUUUUUAAGGAUCUUGCAACAAGCCAAGAAUCGUGUGCACCCUGACAUUGUGAUUGCCACAAGGAGACGUGAGGAGAUCAUGGGGCCUGGCGGCGCUACACCACAAUUUGACAAUGUCACCAUUUAUAAUUAUUUUGUGUGGUCCCAUUAUUACUCUGUCAGAAAAACAUUCCUUGGACCAGGCCAGCAGAGUUUUGGUGGAAUAGAUUUCUCCCACGAAGGGCCAGCAUUUCUCACCUGGCAUAGGUAUCAUCUACUGCAGCUGGAGAGAGACAUUCAGGAUAUGCUUCGGGAUCCUUCUUUUGCACUUCCCUACUGGAACUUCGCAACAGGUAGAAACACCUGUGACAUCUGCACAGAUGAUCUAAUGGGAGCUAGAAGCAACUUUGAUGUCUCUCUAAUAAGCCAAAACUCCAUCUUCUCUCAGUGGCGAGUUUUGUGUGAGGAUGUUGAUGACUACGAUACUCUGGGAACCAUUUGCAACAGCACAGAAGGUGGUCCAAUCAGACGCAACCCUGCUGGAAAUGUUGCCCGGCCAAUGGUGCAGCGCCUUCCUGAGCCACAGGAUGUUGCUCUUUGCUUAGAAGUCGGAUUAUUCGAUACGCCUCCCUUCUAUUCAAAUUCCACAGACAGUUUUCGUAAUUCGCUGGAAGGCUACAGCAAUCCCUCAGGAAAGUACGAUCCGGCGGUGCGCAGUCUUCACAAUCUGGCCCAUCUGUUUUUGAAUGGCACUGGAGGGCAAACCCACUUGUCCCCAAAUGACCCUAUUUUUGUCCUCCUGCACACAUUUACCGAUGCUCUCUUUGAUGAAUGGCUGAGGAGGCAUAACCCUGAUAUCUCAAUAUACCCACUGGAGAAUGCCCCCAUUGGACAUAACAGACGAUACAACAUGGUACCAUUCUGGCCCCCUGUGACCAACAAUGAGAUGUUCGUUACAGCACCAGAAAAUCUGGGCUACAGUUAUGAAGUUCAGUGGCCAAGCCGGGCGCUCCAAGUCACUGAAAUCAUCACGAUUGCCAUUGUAACUGCACUGAUCCUGGUUGCAAUUAUAUUCGCCGGUGCCACAUGUAUAGUUCAUGCCAGGAGAAAGAGGGACGAACUUCACCAGCCUCUUCUCACUGAUCAAUACCAGACCUAUUCAGACGAUUAUGACAGCAUGCCCACCCCAAGCCAGUCAGUGGUGUGAAGUGGCGGCCGCUUCCCUGCGCUCCGUGACAUCCCUUUUUUCUGAUCUAAUUGACAAUAAAGAACAUUAAGCAUGACAAAACCUUGCUGGAUCUCAUCACCAGGGAAAUCUCAAGUCAUUUGUGUCAGCAAUGUGUUCUCUUUCUUUCAAGUUGAUCAACAUUCCCCCUGGUUUAACCAAUUGUAAUGCCUUAGCCACUUAGCCAUGGCAGGAAAUAAAUGCCUUGAAAUUUCCAGAAUGUAAGAGGCUGAUGGCAAACAUUUUAUACAGAAGCUUGAGCUAAUUAUUGGGAAUGCUUCUCGCAUUUUGGUUCUUCUUCUUCUUCUUCGUUAGAGUUGGAUUCUUUUGUUCUGCAAAUGGAGAAUAAUGCAAAGAUUAGGGUUGAGCUCAAAUGAGAGGGUGAGUUUCUUUAACAUGGUCAAUAGCAUUGAAAAGCACCUGCCCUUUCAACAAUUUGUUGUGGAUUUUAGUGAAAUAGGAUGAAUAUAGGGUGACCAUACGGAAAGGAGGACAAGGCUUCUGUAUCUUUAACAGGUGUAUAGAAAAGGGAAUUUCAGCAGGUGUCAUUUGUAUGCAUGCAGCACCUGGUGAAAUUCCCUCUUCAUCACAGCAGUUAAAGCUGCAGAAGCCCUGAACCUCACUGUAGUAUAGCUCCUGCAGCUUUAACUGUUGUGAUGAAGAAAAAUGUGUUCACCUAUUUAGGAACUCUUGCCCUCACUCUGAAUGGACUGCUUUCAUUCUAAAUUGGAAGCACUGUUUUCAUUCUAAAUUGGCUUUGUUUUCCCACAGUGAAAUCAGCUUUCAGUCAAAUCUAAUUGGCUAUGUAGCAUCAUUGUGUCAUCACAUUCACUCCCUGAUGGCUGGGAUGACUUUAAGAAAAAGGAAGAAAAAAAACCCUAGCUAGGAAAAAUAGCACAGAAGCUGCAGCAGGUACGUGAAAUAAUGGCAACAAAAACAGCUUCACACACACACACACACACACACACACACACACAAGACAACAUUCACACAUUUCAGGGGUUUUUCACGAAAUAUAUCUGCCCUUCUCAACACUGCUUUCAACCCUGAAAUCAAAAUGCCUGAAUCAGUCCAGGUAAAACAAGGACACCAUCCUUCCCAAAUGCUCACACUAUGUCUCUAAAUCUACAUGCACUAAUCUUAGGGUAACCGUAUGAAAAGGAGGACAAUUGUAUAGAAAAGGGAAUUUCAGCAAAUGUCAGUUGUAUGCAUGCAGCUCCUGGUGAAAUUCCCUCUUCAUCACAACAGUUAAAGCUGCAAGAGCUAUACUAGACUGACCAGAUACAAAAGAGGGCAGGGCUCCUGCAGCAUCAACU